AUGUCAAACGCCAUAUUACCCACAAGUCGCAACAUGCUCUCUACGAUCUCGAGGACGGGUGCCAAGAAUGCGCAAACUUUCGGGCUUCAAUGUCAACGAUUAUCUACGAUUUGCGCUUCGAGACUUCCGAGGGGUGUACAGAAUAAAGCUUGUUUGAGCGAAGUGAAGGGAUUCAAUGGGUCUGCGAGUGUGGGGGUGAAGAGUAUGGGAUUGGGUGAGGGGAGUGCGGGGAGGAGGGGGUACAAGACAGUGCAGGAACAGAGGUCGAGAUAUAAGUCUGGGCCUUUUUCGUGGACAGCGGGAGUCCUCUUUCUUGGGGCAGGCGCGGGACUGAUCUUCUAUUUCCGAUAUGAAAAAGCAAGGAUGGAGAGGAAGAGGAUAGCGGAAGCUGCAAAGGGUGUAGGGAGACCAAAGGUUGGCGGACCGUUUGAGUUGCUCGAUCAUAAGGGAGGCAAAUUCAGUAGUGAGGAUAUGAAGGGAAAAUAUAGUUUGGUCUACUUCGGCUUUACCCACUGUCCAGAUAUCUGCCCGGAAGAACUCGACAAAAUGGCUCAAAUGAUCGAUCUCAUCAACAAUUCUCCCACACGCACCUCCUCUACCCCCGCUCUCCUCCCUAUCUUCAUCACCUGCGAUCCCGCACGCGAUACCCCCGCGGUGCUCGCCACCUAUCUUGCGGAAUUUCAUCCUAGCAUUAUCGGGCUCACGGGCACGUGGGAACAGAUUAAGGAUAUUUGUAAGAAAUAUCGGGUUUAUUUUUCGACGCCCGAGGGUGUCCAGAAGGGCCAGGAUUAUUUGGUCGAUCAUAGUAUUUAUUUUUACUUGAUGGAUCCCGAGGGCGAUUUUGUAGAGGCGAUUGGGAGACAGCAUAGUCCGGAGCAGGCGGCGAGGAUUAUUCAGGAACAUGUGGGGGAUUGGAAGAGGUGA